AUGCUUACAAACAGCAUUUCCACUCAGAGAAAUAAGGACAUCAGUCAACCCACAGAGCGGCAAACGCAGCUCGGCACACCUCAUCCUCCGGGGGCCACGCGGCGCUACUUUGCCAACGCAUUCCGCAUUGUGCGGGAUCUGAAUCCUCGCGGUUGCGUGUGCCCGACGCCCCGUUCGGGCACGGCGGCCCAGGCCAGCCGCGCGCAUGGGCCCCACCCGUCUUGCACGAGAGGAGGAAGUAGCGCUGGCUCUCUUCUGAGCGGGGGGGGGAGGGGGGUAGGGUUCGCGCGGGUGCGGGCGGGGACCGGAGCCGGAGACUGUGCGCCGUUGCCGGCCCUUCCGCCGCCGGGGCCUGCCCGCGCACGAGCACACCACCGGGCCAAGGAAGAAAGGCAAAUCCCGAAGCGAAGGGCGGGGCCCCCUAUUGUGGUGCGCUGGCCGGCGGUGCGGGGGCCGCCUCCUGUUGCGCGGCACAAGCGCGAGGGACGGCAGGCGGACGCUGCGCCCAAACGCGGUGACGAAACGCUCUUGCGGAGCCAAACUUGGGCCGCAAAAAGAGGCGGACCAGACCCU